AUGGAGAGGUCAACAACAAUAACGACGAGCUGGUGGAGCUCAGGGGUGAGGGACGAUAUUUUGGAGUCACAGAUCCAGAGCUGUCGCAGCCCGUGUGCUCCAACUGCCACCGCCGCGGCCACAUCCGCGCCAACUGCAAGGUCGUCGUCUGCCACGCGUGCGGCAAAGUUGACGACCACUACGAAACACAGUGUCCGAACUCCAUGGUGUGCACCAACUGCGGUGAGCGCGGCCAUUUCCGCAACCAGUGCAAGCAGAGACGGAAAUUCAACUUCUGCACCGACUGCAACUCGAAAACCCACUCCGCCGACCGCUACGCCGAACAUCAACGGGUCUGCGUUCACGGGCGAAAAUCUGCCUCGCCAGCUCCGAAGACAGUACCAUUCGUCGCAAUCCAGAAAGCGGCGGCCGCUGUUUGAAGAAUAUCGAGAAAACGGACACAGAGACAAGCGUCAGAAAAAGUACGACCAGGGCGACAAAAACAACAAGAUCGAAAAGAAGGACAAAAACGGCAAGUUCGGCGGCAAGUACAAAGACAACAGGACGCCCCAGCCCAAGAAGUCCGGGGUACUCCCGCAGAAACCAGCAGGCCUGCCUGCUCCGUCGCGGUCUGGAUAUGUGUCCAAGCGAAAACGUAAGGAGAAGAAGGACAAGCGGAGAUGA